AGAAGCGAGGUGCUGUUGUCAGUUACUACAAAAUGGCUGCUGGAGCACCGUAACGGAUAACACAGUGACGCUUUCUUAUUGGGAUCUGGGGAGACUUUAGGCUCCAAUAACUGAACUCGACAAGAAUUUCGUCUCGGAUAUCAGUCGUGUGUGUUUCUUUUUUUUGCACUUUAAAAAUGCAUUUGAUUUCUGUGCAUUCAGUAGAAACUCGGCUUUAAGAAGAAAAAAAAACACAACUGACUGAUUUGUUUUUCCUCACUCUCCCUAUGAUUUGCUUUAACAAAUAAACUGCUGAUGGGAAUUCGUUUUUGUUUUGUUUUUUGCACCCGUUGUUCUGGCUUUUCCUCAGAGAUUUUGAAUUUGAACAACUUCUCCCGCUUUGGAUACGAGUCAUUGAGAUUUCUUCUGCAACAUCGUGAGAGAAAGAAAGCAACGCUUCAGUGUUCAUACGACUGAACUCCUGAUCUGUCAAAUUACGGAUACUUUUCAGAAAACUCUUUUCGUUAAAUUUCUUCCGAAGGAUCUGAAUAUUAAGAUGCCAAAGCUAAGCCUGGGUAUUUGAGAUUAAAAAACAAAAAGCUGCUGGUGGGUGACAUCUGUAAAUCUGUCCCCUUUCUGCACAGUGAAUACAUACAGCCGUGAACACAAGUUAGAUUUGUAAGAAACUAAGGGUGAGAAGAGAACAGCUGAGUAUGGAGCACUGACUCUCGCUGUGCAAAGCAGAUGAAAUAGCAGAAUGAAGAAAGCAUUGACAGCACUCGACUUUAAAUAACAGUAGAGAGAAGGAACAGCAAACGCAAGAAGAGAACCAUUUGAUGGAAGAAAAGAAAAAGAAAAAGCAAGAAGAAAAGAAAAAGAAGGAAGCCGCUCACAAAAAGGCUGCAGAACAGAAAACCAAAGUGCCAGUAUCUGCCAAGCUCAGCCCCAGCCCUCCCCACCCUGCCAAUCCCAGCGUGACUCCUCCCAUCCCCACGGUUAGCAGCAGCGGCAAUGGCAAGCGAGCUCCUCCCAGCGCCCAACAGCAGCCGCCGGCAGCCCCGCGCUUCCCUCCCCGUGAGGUCCCCCCACGCUUCCGCCAGCAGGAGCACAAGCAGGUACUGAAGAGGGGACAGCCACUGCCAGCAGGGACCCUCAUCACCACGGGACAGCCAGGGGCCAGCUCACCCCUUCAGACACCCCCCGCCAGCCCCAGCAAGCAGCACGCAGGUGAGGACAAGGCUGCCUGUGCUUCAGUCUCUGCACUCUUGUACAGGCUUUAACAGGACAUGCAUUUCUACAUUUUACAGCAACUUGCUUAUUCCCCUUUGCAAUUUAAAAAAAAAAAAA